AUGUCUAUUGUUAAAACCUUAAUUGUUGUAGUUGUUAAAAAAAAUUGGCCAAUAUUCCAACUAGAUGUUAAUAAUGCUUUCUUACAUGGGGACUUAGCUAAAAAGGUUUUUAUGAAGCUCCCACCUGGUCUUUCUGUAUCUACUACAUCUGCUGCUUCUAUUUCCACUCCUUUGGGUUCUGGUGAUGCUUUAGUACUCUUAGUGGUCUAUGUUGAUGAUAUCAUCAUCACUGGGACAUAUGUGUGUGAGAUCGCUGCUGUGAAAAACUUUCUCCACGAUCAAUUUAAGAUUAAAGAUUUGGGCCAUCUUAACUACUUUAUGGGUAAUGAAGUGUUGUAUUCUGAGGGUAGGAUGUUGCUGCAUCAGAAAAAAUUUGUGCAUAAUCUUCUCAAAGAGUUCCACUCAUAUGAUUGUUCUUCAGUUAUAUCCCCCAUUGUAAUGCAUGACAAGCUGCAGGCUGAUCAUGGUGAUCCUCUGCCCAAUCCCGAGUCUUAUAGGUGUUUAGUGGGUAAACUUAAUUUCUUAACCCGUACAAGACUUGAUAUUUGCUUUGCAGUGCAACAUUUAAGUCAAUUUAUGCAGAAGCCUUGCCUUCCUUACAUGCAGGUUGUUUUACGUUUACUCAGUUAUCUCAAUGAUAGUAAGAAGUCCAUUAGUGGUUUUUGCCUUCUAUUAAGGGGUUGUCUAGUCGGCUGGAAGUCCAAGAAGCAAUCUGUAGUCUCUUUGUCAUUUGCAGAAAUCGAAUACAGGUCUAUGAGUAAGGCCACUGCUGAAAUCACUUGGGUUUGCAGGCUUCUUUAUGAUUUUGGUGUUGUUUUUUCUUCUCCUGUUACUCUGUUUUGUGAUAACCAGGCAGCCAUCUAUAUUGCUAAGAACUUUGUCUUCCAUGAGCGCAGAAAGCACAUUGAAUUGGAUUGCCACUUUGUUCGCACCAAGUUGAAUGAAGGUUUACUUCAGCUGCUUCACACUUCCAGUGCCAAUCAGCUUGCUGAUAUGUUCACUAAACCGUUGGGGGGAGCUAUUCAUCAUCUGCAUCUUCGCAAGUUAGGGGUUAUCUCAUCCUCCAACUUGUCGGGAGGUAUUGAGAUACAAGAUGAUGAUAUUACUUAA